AUGAAGAGAGGACCCUACAGUCAGUGGAGGAGUCACUUCACACCGGCCUGGACUCACAAAGACUACAUUUAUGGUGGCAGUGACUGGAGAAGCCUGGAAGAGGAAGCCUACCAUACUAUCUCUCCUUUUGGGAAGCGUGUGAGACAACGCCGCCGUUCGCCCGAUGUUGGUGAGAAGGUGAUCGAUGUUGGGGACGGGCUGAGACUCCACAGCGCUCUCCUCCUGAGACAUGGUCUGAGGAGGACCAAGGACACAGGGUCAGACUACACAGGGGUCAGACUACAGCAGGACACAGGGUCAGACUACAGCAGGACACAGGGUCAGACUACACAGGGGCAGACUACAGCAGGACACAGGGUCAGACUACACAGGGUCAGACUACAGCAGGACACAGGGUCAGACUACAGCAGGACACAGGGUCAGACUACAGCAGGACACAGGGUCAGACUACAGCAGGACACAGGGUCAGACUACAGCAGGACACAGGGACAGACUACACAGGGUCAGACUACAGCAGGACACAGAGUCAGACUACAGCAGGACACAGGGUCAGACUACAGCAGGACACAGGGGCAGACUACACAGGGUCAGACUACAGCAGGACACAGGGACAGACUACACAGGGUCAGACUACAGCAGGACACAGGGUCAGACUACACAGGGUCAGACUACAGCAGGACACAGGGUCAGACUACAGCAGGACACAGGGUCAGACUACAGCAGGACACAGGGUCAGACUACACAGGGUCAGACUACAGCAGGACACAGGGUCAGACUACACAGGGUCAGACUACAGCAGGACACAGGGGCAGACUACAGCAGGACACAGGGUCAGACUACAGCAGGACACAGGGUCAGACUACAGCAGGACACAGGGUCAGACUACAGCAGGACACAGGGUCAGACUACACAGGGUCAGACUACAGCAGGACACAGGGUCAGACUACAGCAGGACACAGGGUCAGACUACAGCAGGACACAGGGUCAGACUACAGCAGGACACAGGGUCAGACUACAGCAGGACACAGGGUCAGACUACAGCAGGACACAGGGUCAGACUACAGCAGGACACAGGGUCAGACUACAGCAGGACACAGGGUCAGACUACAGCAGGACACAGGGCACAGGGUCAGACUACAGCAGGACACAGGGUCAGACUACAGCAGGACACAGGGGCAGACUACACAGGGUCAGACUACAGCAGGACACAGGGGCAGACUACAGCAGGACACAGGGUCAGACUACAGCAGGACACAGGGUCAGACUACAGCAGGACACAGGGUCAGACUACAGCAGGACACAGGGGCAGACUACAGCAGGACACAGGGUCAGACUACAGCAGGACACAGGGUCAGACUACACAGGGUCAGACUACAGCAGGACACAGGGUCAGACUACAGCAGGACACAGGGUCAGACUACAGCAGGACACAGGGUCAGACUACAGCAGGACACAGGGGCAGACUACAGCAGGACACAGGGGUCAGACUACAGCAGGACACAGGGGCAGACUACAGCAGGACACAGGGUCAGACUACAGCAGGACACAGGGUCAGACUACAGCAGGACACAGGGUCAGACUACACAGGGUCAGACUACAGCAGGACACAGGGUCAGACUACAGCAGGACACAGGGUCAGACUACAGCAGGACACAGGGUCAGACUACAGCAGGACACAGGGUCAGACUACAGCAGGACACAGGGUCAGACUACAGCAGGACACAGGGUCAGACUACACAGGGUCAGACUACAGCAGGACACAGGGUCAGACUACAGCAGGACACAGGGGCAGACUACAGCAGGACACAGGGGCAGACUACAGCAGGACACAGGGUCAGACUACAGCAGGACACAGGGUCAGACUACAGCAGGACACAGGGUCAGACUACAGCAGGACACAGGGUCAGACUACAGCAGGACACAGGGUCAGACUACAGCAGGACACAGGGGCAGACUACAGCAGGACACAGGGGCAGACUACAGCAGGACACAGGGUCAGACUACACAGGGUCAGACUACAGCAGGACACAGGGUCAGACUACAGCAGGACACAGGGGCAGACUACAGCAGGACACAGGGUCAGACUACAGCAGGACACAGGGUCAGACUACAGCAGGACACAGGGUCAGACUACAGCAGGACACAGGGUCAGACUACACAGGGUCAGACUACAGCAGGACACAGGGGCAGACUACAGCAGGACACAGGGGCAGACUACAGCAGGACACAGGGUCAGACUACAGCAGGACACAGGGUCAGACUACAGCAGGACACAGGGUCAGACUACAGCAGGACACAGGGGCAGACUACAGCAGGACACAGGGUCAGACUACACAGGGUCAGACUACAGCAGGACACAGGGUCAGACUACAGCAGGACACAGGGUCAGACUACAGCAGGACACAGGGCAGACUACAGCAGGACACAGGGUCAGACUACAGCAGGACACAGGGUCAGACUACAGCAGGACACAGGGGCAGACUACAGCAGGACACAGGGUCAGACUACAGCAGGACACAGGGUCAGACUACAGCAGGACACAGGGUCAGACUACACAGGGUCAGACUACAGCAGGACACAGGGGCAGACUACAGCAGGACACAGGGGCAGACUACAGCAGGACACAGGGUCAGACUACACAGGGUCAGACUACAGCAGGACACAGGGUCAGACUACAGCAGGACACAGGGGCAGACUACAGCAGGACACAGGGCAGACUACAGCAGGACACAGGGUCAGACUACAGCAGGACACAGGGUCAGACUACAGCAGGACACAGGGUCAGACUACAGCAGGACACAGGGUCAGACUACACAGGGUCAGACUACAGCAGGACACAGGGGCAGACUACAGCAGGACACAGGGGCAGACUACAGCAGGACACAGGGUCAGACUACAGCAGGACACAGGGUCAGACUACAGCAGGACACAGGGUCAGACUACAGCAGGACACAGGGUCAGACUACACAGGGUCAGAAUACAGCAGGACACAGGGUCAGACUACACAGGGUCAGACUACAGCAGGACACAGGGUCAGACUACACAGGGUCAGACUACAGCAGGACACAGGGUCAGACUACACAGGGUCAGACUACAGCAGGACACAGGGUCAGACUACAGCAGGACACAGGGUCAGACUACACAGGGUCAGACUACAGCAGGACACAGGGUCAGACUACAGCAGGACACAGGGUCAGACUACAGGCUUCACAGACAUACAGAUGGAUGGACCAUAUAGAAUCAGAUUAA